AUGCGUGAGGAUUCGGUGGCAGAUGCAUGUGCGGAUGAGGAUAUGGAGAGAGCAGAUGGUGGAGAAGUUGCGACGCCGAUACCGCCGCCUGGAGCACGCCAGCAAGGCUUCAGCUCGAUCAUGAGGGCCGAAUUCAAACCCGAAGUGACGACCCCAUUCGGUGAUGAUGGGCGGCAGCAGCACACCACACCACCCCGCGCCAUGGUGAAAGGCGACCAACUGUGGGUGUUUCGUGCGAUGGAGACGAAAACGUUCGAUUUCGAGAUGCAGGACAAAAUGGCUGCUGCGCGUGCAAAGCUGGACUUAUUGCGAAGGAAGCGAGAGUUCCUCGCGGCACGAGGAAUACGUCAAUUUCUAGAUGAAUACGGAGCAAGCGAUGCCGAGGCGUUCCGCAAGCUACUUGUCGAAGGCGAUGCGCAAGUCCACAGGUUGAAUGAGCUGGCAGCAGAGCUGAAGGGAGAGAGGGAGAAGUAUGGACUGCAGCCAGCGGAAACCAUGGAGCAGAGAUAUGACGAGUUGGCUUUAAGGUUCAAGAACCUCAAAGCCGAGCAUGAAGGAGAGGAUGGGAAAAGGGGGCUGGUGUUCAAGUACGAAGCUCUCGAGAAGAACCUCAACGAGCUGGAAGAGAUGCAUGACGGGGGAGACGGCAAAGGAGGGUUUGUUUCAGAGCCUGAACAGCUGAAGCAAAACCAUGCGGACUCGACCGGCAGGUACAACGACCUGUUGGAAAAGUACCAUGAUAAAGACGGCAACGGGGGAGUUGUUUCGGAGCUUGAGUAG